AAUAAACAUUCCUUCGGAGGUAUGGUUUUUGGUUGGAGGAAAGCCGCUGAGGUUCUCUCUAUAUGAAUAUGAAGAAAUUAGUGGUUUGAAUUGUGAGAAGAUUGAUGAAACAGAGUUUGAAGUCGAUCAUACACCUUUAUGGGCGGCUUUAAAGGUGAAAGCUUUUAAUGGACCCAACUGGGAGGAGCUAGUUGAGGGUUUGAGAAGCUGCCGUGGGUGGUCUGAUGAAAUGAAGACGCAGAUAGCUCGGUUGUAUCUUGUUCAUGUUGGAGUGCUUGGUUUAUCAAGGAACAGUCGGAUUCCUCUGGAAUACGCUAAAAGGGCGUUGAAUGAAGAAGCAUUUGAGAGUUUUCAAUGGGGUAGGGUUGGAUUCAAGAGUUUAGUUGAUUCCAUCAAAGUCCUUGGGUUACCUAACAAUGCUUAUACCCUCCAUGGAUGUGUCCAUGUAUUGCUGAUAUGGGCAUUUGAGAGCGUGAAGGUGCUGGGGGCUAGCUACGGGAAUGUAAGAGAAGGUGUAGAUUUGCCUCUGUUAAGGUGGAGAGGAGGGAGGCCAAGGAAGGAUAUCGAAGCCUUCAUAUCCGGGAGCAAACUCCUUAAUAAUGGGGAGCUUCAGGUGAAGCAUUUAGUACCUAAACCUUUGGAGUUCAUAUAUCCAGAUUGGCCAGGACAGUAUUGUGUGUAUGGUGUAGGAGAAGGUUUGAAGAAGAAACUGGAUAAUCUGCUGUUAGACGUGAUCAAUGGCGAAGUGGAUGAAAGAGAAUGGGAUUGUGUAAAAAAAAGGAAGGGGGAACAUACGAAGAAGAGGGAGAGGAGGCAACAUGUUGCAGGGGUAAGUGACGAUGAUUUCCUUGAAACAGCCCCAACCAGCAUCCGUAAUGUCCCCAAUAAUGCGAAGGAGCAGAAAGAAAGUGUUGGGGACAAAUGUUCAGCAGAGAAGGCGUCUGGAGAUAAUUAUUCAGGUGUGCAGGGUGAAGAUGGUAGUGGAAGGUUAUUUACUAUGGUUGAAACACUAGGGGCGAAAAUGGAUAAUAUUCAGAUAUCGUUUUCUAGAGCAAUAGCGGAAGUUGUGUUCAAACUUCAAGGUAUGGAGAGUAGGAUGGGUAACUUUGAGAGUGACGUUCAACUAUUGAAGAAAGUUGUUAUCAACACAACGGAUGGAGGAGCGCAUACGCAAGGACCUCUUACAUUAAGAAAUGACGAACAAAAAAUAGAGGAGAUAAAGCAUUCGGACAAGGAUGGUUAUAAAGUUGCUAGUUGUGUUAGGAAUCCGUUAGCCAUUAAGGAUAAGGUCAUGUGGUCUGGGAGUAUUAAAAUCGAACCAGAGGACAGUGUAGAGCGAAUUCCAAAGCAGAUGGUAGACAGUGUACAGCGUGUCAAAAGAGUACAGAGUUGGGAGACAGAGGAAGGCGAUAAAAGAGCAAAGUAUAAUGACAAAGUUGAUGGAGCAGGUGCUCAACCCGUUCCUAUUAAUGUUAUCCAUCCGGUAAGUGGUGGUAACCCUGGCUCGUCGGAUCGAAAGUGCGAAUCUGUUGUGGAUUUAACCAAGGGGACCAGCAGUCCUGCAUCGUCUCAUACAGUGAAAGAUAAGGAGAAAGCCAGGGUUAAACCCUAA